AUGGAUUUCCGACUCUCUUUUCUCAAUGUCCCGCUGUUCGUCCUCUCCACGCUCGCUGCCCUGUCGUGGACUUCGCGGCCCGUGUCAGCGGGGAAGAGUUGCAGCGACACGCGGCAGGUGUAUGCAGAGAAAGGCUACAGUACCAAUACUGCUCCUCUGACUCAAAUCUCCGGUGAGCACCUGCGGUUGUGUCCCCAGGACUACACCUGCUGUUCGAGUCAGAUGGAGGAGACUCUGUCCCUGCAGAGCGAGAGAGACUACCUCAAAGCCAUCGAAGACACCAGCCAGUUUCUCUCCACCACCUUCACCCAGAGACACCGCAAGUUUGACGAGUUCUUCAAGGAGAUCAUAGAUCUGUCGGAGAAGUCCAUGAACCAGAUGUUUACCACGACGUAUGGAAGGCUGUUCACCCAGAACGUCCGUGUGUUCCAGGAACUGUUUUCAGAACUUCGCAAAUACUAUUCCGGGGGCAGCGUAAGCCUAUCGGAGGUCCUGUCUGACUUCUGGUCCAGCCUGGUGGAGCUGGUGUUCUCCCUGGUCAACCCCCAGUACCAGUUCAACGAUGACUACCUGGAGUGUGUCACCAAACACGCAGAGCAGCUGCAGCCGUUUGGCGACAUGCCCCGCAAGCUACGCGUUCAAGUCUCCAGAGCCUUCAUCGCAGCCAGGGCCCUAUCUCAAGGCCUGGCCACUGGCCGCGACAUCGUCAACAAAGCCACCAAGCUGAGCGCCGGUUCGGAGUGCGCCCGGGCCCUGAUGCGCCAGUGGUACUGCCCGCUGUGCCGGGGCGUGCCCACGCUGCGGCCCUGCCACUCGCUGUGCCUCAACGUGAUGAAGGGCUGCCUCGCCAACCAGGCCGACCUCGACACAGAGUGGAACAACUUUGUCGAUGCCUUGUACCAGGUGUCUGAGAAGCUGGAGGGCCCGUUCAACAUGGAGCUGGCCGCUGAGUCCAUCUCCGUCAAGGUGUCGGAGGCCAUCAUGCACAUGCAGGAGAACAGCGUCAGCAUCUCAGCCAAGGUGUUCCAGGGCUGUGGGAGUCCCAGGCCUGCCCCGGCUCGAUCCAAGCGCUCCCCCAAGGAGCCCGGUGGGAACCGCAAGCCCUUCCGCACGUACAGUCCAGAGGAGAAGCCCACCACUGCCGCCGGGACCAACCUGGACCGCCUGGUGACUGAGCUGAAGGAGCGACUGCGGCCGAUGCGUGGCUUCUGGGUGUCUCUCCCACACACCAUCUGCAACGACGAGAAGAUGGCGGCCGACGUCAGCAACGAUGACCGCUGCUGGAAUGGACAGACCCGGGGCAGGUACCUGCCAGAGGUGACGGGAGACGGGCUGGUGAGCCAGAUCAACAACCCCGAGGUGGAGGUGGACAUCGCCAGACCAGACGUCCGGACCAGACAGCUGAUCGGUGAGCUGAGGGUGGCCGCCAACAAACUGAGGCACGCGCAGGCUGGACAGGACACUGACUUCAUGGACAGUGAGGAAGGCAGUGGAUCUGGGGGCGGAGACAGAGGUGAGAGGUACAAUGAUGAUUGGCCAGGCUAUGGUCCUAACUCCCCGCCUUAUAGCCAACCCCCUCGGAGCCCCUCCUCCGUCCCUGCCAAAAAAACCCGUGUGCGAGAACGAAAUGGCUCGAAGUGGAAUAAGAACAAUGGCCAUGGAAGAGCGAGGUCAGAAUCCUGCAGGCUCACGUUCUCCCCGCUCUUUCUGUUGUCUUUGAUGGUUGCUGUCUCCCCCUUCUGGAGAUAACAAGUUAUUGCACCUUUGAGCACAUUGGUCAGGAGUCUGAAUGGAAUGAUGAUCUUUUGUCUUAAGCACAUGUCUCUUGGAAAUAAUUUUGCCUAUUGGUCACACCAGCAAACCCAUGAAACGAAUUGAAUUUUGUAGGGGUUAGCAAUAAUUGUUAGCCAGCUAGUUCAUAACACUAAUACCUAACUAUUUACCUGGUUAUACAGUACCAAUAUGUUUUUUCGUGAUUGUACGAUAACUGCCAGCUAUCACAUUUUAUUUAAAAAAGAUUACAUUUAAUAUUCUGACAUUCAGUUGGUAAACCUUGAAUUAAGUUGAGGAAUUAAAUCAGAAAGGGAGGAUGAAGAAGUGAGUCAGCAAGAUCAAUUAUGUCCACCAUUUUAAUAGUUGACAAAUUAUUUGCAGAUAUAAAUGAUGAAUAAGGACAGACGUAACACCAGUAAUUUAUACUAGGCUAUAUUCCAUGCUUUCUCCCUAAGGUAAUAUACAAAGCAGCUAAAUACUUUGGAAGUUAUGUCAGUAUUUUGAACUACAGUGGGUCAUCUACUUAAUUGUGUUCUGCUACAUAUGUGUAUGUAUUUUUAUUUAUUUUUGUGAUAUCUGAUUGUAUUUAUUUAUUCAUGUAUUUAUUCUGCUCGGUUUCAUGAUCAAAGUGUUCUUAAAACGUGUGUGUGUGUGUGUGUGUGUGUGUGUGUGUGUGUGUGUGUGUGUGUGUGUGUGUGUGUGUGUGUGUGUGUGUGUGUGUGUGUGUGUGUGUGUGUGUGUGUGUGUGUGUGUGUGUGUUCUAUUUUGCGCAUACCACUGGUGUGUUCUGAAGAGAUGAAUGUUGUCACAGAGAGUGUGUUAGAACAUUGAAUUAUUGGUUUUGUAUGGACUUUAACACAACUGAAAUUGAAAGUUAACAUAGAUAAUGGUCCUUAAUUAUUCUAUGCAGAAUGCCACAAAAACACAAGAUGAUACCUGAAGCUUUUGGAUUUAGAUGUUUUCGUAAUGGGCCAAAUAAAGACACUAAACAGCACAACGAGAAUGUAUAGAUAUCGGCAAGGACACUUUCUGUUAAACAGCAACUUAAGAAACCUUUAUUUGUGAGGGGGAGGCAAACCGUUUAUUUUCAGCUCAUGUUAAUUGUGUUCAGCAUUCAAUUCCAAAAAUGUAGAGUAUUGAGUUGAUUUAGUGUGUUUGAUUCAACUAAAUCAAAUGGAUUCAUUCACCACACAAAGCAGGUGAAUGAAUUGAGGAAACAUCAAGCUUUUUCUGUAAUUGUGAACUUUGAUAUGUUAGAAAUGAAUUUUUAUGUAUGUUUUUCUAACACCUUGACUGAUUUUUUUUAAUGUAAUUCUGAAAGUUACUGCGAAAUGUAUCAGGAUGUCAUUAUUACCGUACUGUAAACUGUAUUAUUUUGCACAAUCACAUGAGAACCAGUAUUCAAACAGCAAUGGCGCAGUAAUCCGAGAUGCUUGUGACGAUCAGACUUAAACUAUGUUUGUGGCCUCUAUGUUAUAUUAGGACCAUAGUCCUUUAGAUCACAGCCUGUAGCCUGUCGUCGAUUCACUCUUGUAACACAUUCCAUUAUGGUGAAUGAAUAGCACAACUUUUUCGUGUUGUAAAUGUUGUUUGGUAUUAAAAUAGCUUUUGAGCUUCAUUAAAGAAAACAUUAGGAAAA